AUGACGAGUCGGAAGCUGAUAACGGGCCAGGACGAGCUCUCCAGUCUGGCUAUCGGGGCGAAGGUCGCGGAGGCGCCGGGCGGGAUCACCUCUUCCGACGCCGCUACCAAGGGGCUGAAUAUCAAGCGCGCCAUGAUCGUCGGCCAGGCUGCGCCUGGCGUGCCGCUCUGGCGAUGUGAUGAGCCGACGUCCAGGCAUCGGGGUGUUCCCUUUGUUGUGUUCCCCGGUAAUGUGGGCGGGGAGUCGACGCUGUGUGAGCUGGUGGAAGCAUGGAGCUAG